UUGUGUAAAACUUCUAAUUUGUGGACGAAAUGCAACAAAUCCUUAUUGUUCUACUCGGGAUAGUUCUACAAACUGUAGAUGUAGCAACUUUAAAAAUUUCUAUGUGCAAUCAAAAUGGAUCCCCUAAUUUGGAAAGCCGACUGAACGCAUUUGGUGACAUUCUGAAUGAAAAAUUGGGAAGCUUUGAACAGCAAGUGAAGCAAUUGGAAAUCCAGCAAAACACAUUUUUUGAAACUUUAAAUGCGAGAUUGAAAAAUCAACCUAUACAGAAAUCAACAGGUCAAAACGAAGGUGUGCAGUCUUUGGAAAAGAGUACGAAGGAUUGGAAUUUAAGCCCAUCAUACACUAAAGUGGUGGAUCGAAUAGAAGCUUAUGAAAGUACUACGGAUAGAAAAACUUUUGUAACCAAAAAGCCUGUCGAACAUCAUGUGAAUUUUUAUAUUUUAAAGUUUAUAAAUACGUCUGUGACGAGAUUGAAACCACUUAACAAGGAAUGUACUAUUGAAAGUACUAAUAAAGGUGCUACUAAAAGUACUAAUAAAAGUACUACUGAUAAUACUACUGAAAGUGUUAUUGAAAGUACUACUGAAAGUACAUCUACCAUCAAAUCAACAAAUGCAACUGAAGAACCAUCGGAGUUUGAUGGUAGCUCUCCACAGGAUUUUAUGAUUAAUUAUAUGUUAAAGGAAUAUAAAGACAGCGAAUCUGCUGUCCUACAUUCCUACAUUAAUAAGUUAAUGGAUAAUUAUAGAAAGUGGGUGAAAUUAGGAGUUAAAUAGAAGAUAAGAAUCUGGGUUAUACGAUGGCCCCAAUGAGGAUAUCAGGGUCUUACCCGAUACCCUUAAUAAAUAGCC